AUGGUCUUCAAUCUCGCGAUCCUUAUCUUCCCUCUUUUUCUCUCAAAUUCAAUCUCUGUACUGGCUGAAGUGCAGAAAGAUUACCCAGAGAUGGCAAAAUUUGAUGAAGUAAUGAAGAUGCUCAUGCAAUACAGCAAUGUCCCAGGCGCCCAACUAGCCGUAGCAAAAGGCGGCCAGCUGAAAUACUCAAAAGCAUUCGGAGUAGCCAACAAAGAGAGUGGAGAACUCGUCCGCACAGACAACAUAAUGAGAUACAACAGAAUUUCCAAAGUCAUCACAGGGACUGCCAUAGCGAAGCUUGUUCAGGAGGGAAAGCUCAGUCUCAACGACAAACCAUUCCGUCUUCUCCAGCAUCUCGAACCCCCCAAGGGCGACACCGCCGACAGCCGGUUAUUGAAUAUCACGGUACAGAACCUGUUGCAACAUAGCGGCGGCUGGAACGUGUCGUUGACCGGCAUCAACAUUGUUUCGGAGCCGGCCACCUUGUACGCCGCUCAAGCCCUGGACCGUCCGUCGCCUCCUUCGCCGGAAGACGCCAUUCGCUUCAUGAAAGCCCUGCCGCUCGAUUUUGAGCCCGGAUCAGCCAUGGAAUACUCCAACUUCGGUUACAUCGUGCUAGGGCGGGUGAUCGAGCAUGUGACCGGAGUGGCUUACGGGCGCUAUGUUGAAGAGAAUAUUCUUGGUCCCUUGGGAAUCAGGGGCAUAAAAUUGGGGCACACGCAGGUGAAUCGAAGGGCGGAGAAGGAGGUAAUGUAUUACGGUCGCAACGGAGAAGAUACUCUCUGGGUUUCUAUAUUUCCCGGUGAGGGUUUCGUCAACGCGAGCUACGGCCUCCUGGACUACAGUAGUCUGGAUUCCGUUGGCGGCUGGAUCGGAAGUGCCGGAGGCAUUGUGAGAUUUGUUGACCAUAUCGAUGGGCUCCGGCAGCCGGCGAUUCUGCAGGAGGAUAUGGUGUACACCAUGCUUAAUGCAGAAAGACCUGGGAAGAAGCGUUCGAAAGGACUGUUUGUGGGUGUUCGCGUGGAUCGAGACGGAAAAAUACAAAGUUUUCAACACAGUGGAGCGGCCCCAGGAGCUCAUUCCCAUUUCGUGCGAUUGACGAAGGAGAACAUUACGUGGGCGUAUCUACUCAACACUUGGCCUUUACAAGACGAGUUUGUGAAUAUUGCAGCUGGUAAUCUUAGCGAGGUUGCGAGGAGCAUCCAGAAUUGGCCUGAUUAUGACUUGACGGCGGUCUGA